UGGAAUUAGAGAAAACUCCAAGUUAAAUAACUUCCGUGCACUAGAAGCGCCAAAGAGAGAGCGAGAGCGCGCAGAAUGUUUUCUAAAUUGCAGAAGAUGCAGUCCUCCUUAACAGUUGGAAAGCGGCUGUACCAUAAAAUAUCCCACAAAGCUUUCAAUGCACCGGAUUUGAAAAAAACGGUAACAAGCAGCUUCGCCUCGUUUGUUUCUGGGGUUAAAGCCGAUCAUCUCUCAGAUGUGGUUCUUCAGAGGAGUAAGCGGAUGAUCCUGGAUAACAUUGGAGUUGGGCUCCUGGGCAGCACCAGUCACGUUUUUGACAUCUGCCUGAAUUACUGCCGGCAAAUGUUUGCCCAAGACCCGGUCAGCUCGGUGUAUGGACGCAGUGGUUUAAAACUCUCCCCUACUCUGGCUGCUUUCACCAAUGGAGUCGCGGUCCACUCCAUGGACUUCGACGACACCUGGCAUCCCGCCACUCACCCGUCGGGAGCUGUGUUGCCCGCCCUCCUGGCUGCCGCCCAGUUCCUGCCUGGAAACUCCAAACCCAGUGGUCUUGACCUGCUACUGGCCUUUAACGUGGGCAUUGAAAUUCAGGGCCGGUUAAUGCGCUUCUCCCAGGAAGCACACAACAUCCCCAAGAGGUUCCACCCUCCAAGUGUUGUGGGGACAAUGGGCAGUGCUGCAGCCAUUGCUAAAUUUCUAAAACUUAAUCCCAAACAAUGUAUUAAUGCCCUGGCUAUUGCAGCUUCACUCGCAGGGGCACCAAUGGCCAAUGCAGCUACCCAGGCAAAACCCAUUCAUAUUGGAAAUGCUGCACGGCUGGGCUUUGAGGCAGCUCUUCUAGCCUCUAAAGGAAUGGAGGGUAAUGCUAAAAUUCUGGAUGAUACCCCUGGCUGUUUUGGAUUUUCUGCUUUCUAUGGUGAUUAUCAACCUCAGGAGAUAGCACCAUUAGAGCAGACACGCUUCUUGCUAGAAGAGCAGGACAUUGCAUUUAAGCGCUUCCCAGCUCACCUAGGCAUGCAUUGGGUGGUAGAUGCUGCUGUCUCAGUGAGGCAAUUAGCGACUGUCGAUGAGGAUGAUUUUUCACCUUCCAUGAUUGAGAAGAUCAUUCUGCGUGUCCCUGUUUCCCGGUACAUCAACAGACCAUUCCCAAAGACAGAACAUGAGGCUCGCCAUUCCUUCCAAUUCAAUGCCUGCUCUGCAUUGUUGGAUGGAGAUGUGAGCAUUGACUCAUUCAGCGAAAGCAAACUGCAGCGAGAUACUCUCAAUGAGUUACUCAAAAAAGUGGAGCUCCAGCAUCCUGAAGACAACUUGGCCAACUUUGAGAAGAUGUAUGGAGAAGUAGUUCUGGUCCUGAAAAGCACUGAUGUGCUCCGUGGAAGAUGUGACACCUUUUAUGGACAUUGGAGAAACCCACUGUCGAGAGAAUCCCUGGUCAAGAAAUUCAAAGAUAAUGCAUCAUAUGUGCUGCAGCAGGACAAUAUAGAAGCAAUCAUUGACACAGUUGAAAGCCUUGAAAAUAUGAGAGAUUGUUCCAUAUUAAGUUCUUAUUUGGAGUGAGAAAGAUUAACUUGUAGUAAUGUCUACAUGUAAUUUUAGCAUGUUCAUCAUGGGUUUUCAUGGGUGAAAUGUAAUUUGUUCUGUAUUGAUUGAAACUCCUGGUGCUACUGAGUGUGAAAUUGAUAGUAUCCCCAGUCUAGAGCUGAAGUACAAGAGUCUCUACUCCACUGACUGAUGGGUCUUAUGACACUGGAUUGUAGCCCACAUCAACAGUUAUGUGUGGGAAUACUGGAGAAGUGGAAGUAGAGUCUUUGAGUAUCUAGGUGGACAGGAACGCCGAGCUGAUGAUAGUCAAAUAAUCCAUGUAUGUUUCCUUGGAAAUCCCACCCAAUUCCAUGACUAGAUUAGCCUUGCUGCCAGCUAACCCAGCCUGAUAAUGGUUUGCAUUUGUACUGUAAGCUGCAUCAUUGUCCAUGUUUAGUGUCCCUCAGUUCCUCAUUUUUAUAUAAAAUAGGCAAUUGGCUAACAUUUCUGACAGCUGUAGUAUGUCCAUUCUCAAUACACAUGGUUUCUGUUGGCCUAAACAGAUAGAAAAUUUGGAAUUCUAUGAACGCCAAGGAACAAUACUAGAUAUACUUCCAACACUAGAUAUGUUUCCAACACUAUGAAUGUAUCAUUGACUGUCCUUCCACUGGAAUGUGGAAAACCUAGUGAAUCUGGAUUGCACUAAAAAUAAUUGGCCAUCUUCAAACUUGCAAGCUAAUCCUAUUCCGAGAUAACAUGUUUAAACUUAGAAAAAAUUAGGAGAAGUACUGUUGAUCCUUCACUUAAAUUUGAGGAAAUUUGGAGCCCGUUUAUUCAGUAUUUCCAUUUGAUGUAAGCAGAUCUUUUUCGAAACCCUUCCAAUAACCUUCUAUUUGAAUAUAGAGGAGUGAAGAUAGUGACAUAAUAAUGUUUUUUUUUAACCGAAGAAAUAACAGUUCAGCUUUUUUUUUGAAGUUUUUGGUUUGCUUUUGUUUAUUUUUUUUAAUUUUGGUGUUCUCUUUUCAUAUAAUCAAAUUUCUUUUCAAAUUCUUUUGCAUCAUUUUCACUUAGUAAGAGAUUGGGAGGUUCAGAUUAUAUAUUUUACUCCCUGUGUUUGUAUAUGUCAGUUGUUACUAUUGUAAUCCCGAUCUCUUCGCACCAUGUGUAUAAUCACUAUUGUUAUGUGUAUUGAUUUGAAAUUUAAUAAAAAGAUUGAAAAGGAAAGAAAGAAUCCUAUUCCAAGAGCUUUGGG